GCUGAUUUGACAUCCAUGGAUGAUGCCCUCAAAGGCGUGCAGAUCUGUUGCAUCAGUUUUGGAGCAUGCCUAUUGCAAUGCCAGUUGUAUAAAGUCGACUCCCCUACAGCUACAAAGUUCUUUCUUCUCAGAGUACUACCUCUGGUUGGAUUGAAAUUUGGAUCUUUUGCAGAUUAUUUAAACACAACUAAACUGAACAAAAUGGGCUCACUCAAGUAUAUGUCAGGAUUUAACAAUGAAUUUUCUUCAGAGGAUCCACGCUGUCCUGGGUCCUUACCAGAGGGUCAGAAUAAUCCACAGGUUUGUCCGUAUGGGCUGUAUGCGGAACAACUGUCUGGUUCAGCCUUCACUUGCCCAAGAAACAGCAAUAAGAGGAGUUGGCUUUAUCGUAUCUUACCUUCAGUCCUUCAUAAGCCCUUUGCUUCUGUAUCUCAGGGAAACCUGUGCUACAAUUGGGAUGAAGUCAACCCUGAUCCCAACCAGCUCAGAUGGCUGCCAUUCAAAAUUCAGAAAGCAUCGGAGAAGAUGGUCGAUUUUGUAACUGGCUUACAUACUAUAUGUGGAGCUGGAGACAUCAGGUCACGCAGUGGCUUGGCUAUUCACGUCUAUGUCUGCAACACAUCAAUGGAGAAUAAGAGCCUUUAUAAUUCAGAUGGGGAUUUCCUUCUAGUGCCCCAAAAGGGGAACCUCUUGAUUACCACAGAAUUUGGCAAAAUGCUGGUUGAACCCAAUGAAAUUUGUGUCAUUCAGCAAGGGAUGCACUUCAGUGUGGAGGUUUUUGAAGAAACCAGGGGUUAUAUUCUGGAAAUCUUUGGAGGACAUUUUGAGUUGCCUGAUCUUGGCCCCAUUGGAGCCAAUGGCCUCGCCAAUCCCAGGGAUUUCAAGGUUCCCGUUGCAUGGUUUGAAAACAGACAAGUUCCAGCAGGUUUUACUGUCAUCAGCAAAUUUCAGGGCAAGCUUUUUGCUGCUCAACAGAAUCACUCUCCAUUUAACGUUGUGGCCUGGCAUGGAAACUAUACACCUUACAAGUACAAUCUGAAUAACUUUAUGGUCAUUAAUUCUGUUGCAUUUGAUCAUGCAGAUCCUUCAAUUUUCACAGUGCUGACUGCUAAAUCGACUCGCCCAGGUGUAGCUAUUGCAGACUUUGUGAUCUUUCCACCACGUUGGGGAGUAGCUGACCACACGUUCAGGCCUCCUUACUACCAUCGCAACUGUAUGAGUGAAUUUAUGGGACUUAUUAAAGGUCAUUAUGAAGCAAAGGAGGAGGGCUUCCUGCCUGGAGGAGGUAGUCUGCACAGUAUUAUGACCCCACAUGGGCCAGAUGCUGAGUGCUUUGAAAAAGCAAGCAAGGCAAAACUCAUACCAGAACGAGUAGCCGAUGGAACAAUGGCAUUUAUGUUCGAGUCGUCAUUCAACAUGAGUGUCACCAGAUGGGGUCUGGAAACGUGCAACUGCUUGGACAAAAGCUAUUCAAAUUGUUGGCAGUCAUUGAAAAGUAAUUUCAGUAUCAACUGGAAGCCAAGUGACAAGUGAACCUCUGAUACAAAAUGCCUGCCACAAAAGGUUUCAGAUGAGACUGUGGCCACUGGAAAAAGUCAUACCAGACUGACAGAUCGUUAGUUACCACUGGAAAAUGAUCAUCUCCACUGAAAUAAUUGCUGACAGUGAUUUUAAAAAAUGUAAACAUAUAGGCACGUGGAAAUCUUUACCAAGUGUUAAUCAAAUCAAGUUAAAUGACUGAUAUUCACACAAUCGUGCAUAUUUGAAACAAUAAAGAACAUGCUGGUCGACUAAGUGCUUAUUGUCAAAAUAAAAUGUAUUCACACUUCCCUACA